AUGAAGGGUGUCCUGAGAUUCGGGAAGAAGGGUAAGCUAAGUCCGCGUUUUGUAGGGCCAUUCGAGAUCUUGGAGCGGGUUGGCUUUAUGGCUUACCAUUUGGCCUUGCCACUGUGUCUCUCCGCAGUCCAUAAUGUCUUUCAUGUCUCCAUGCUGAGGAAGUAUUUAAUGAAACCAUCUCAUGUGGUGGACUUUGAGCCCUUGCAGCUAAAUGAAAACUUGAGUUACGAGGAGAAGCCUGCGCAAAUUGUGGCUAGUGAGGUGAAAGUUUUACGCAGCAAGGAGGUGCCACUGGUGAAGCUAACGCAGGAAGUGGACGCAUACGCGGAAGCCGACCUACCACAUAGACGACCGCAUGCGGAGAAUUUUUCCAUCACAAAGGUGAACGUAUACGUUCAACACAUGGGUGUUGCGAUAAUCGACCGCAUACGUCCAUCGCAUAGAAGUUGCGAUCAUCAAGCGAUUACGGUCAUCGCAUAG